CUUUUUUUUUUUUUAAUUCUGAGAAGAGAAAUCACGGGAGAAAGAGGAAAAGGAAUCAUCUGAGCACGAUACGCCAUCUUUAGUAAACUCGUUUAGCAGAUCUCUUCUUAUAUAUUGAUGACAUUUGCGGUGAAUUUACAUACGGCUAGCCUAAAUUUUCACUUCUGCUACCUGCUCGUCCACUAUUCCGUAUAAAUAAAGACGUGACACCGAAUCGACGGCUUAUGUGAAAGUAUAUGCUGACUCGGUAGGAAGUGUGGUGGAUCAGAUCGGUUGGAUACUUCUCACAGUGCAUACACAGCAGGAAAUAACGCACAAUAGUGCUAGAUUUUGUGCAAGAAAUAAUGUUGUUUCGGUUUAUAUUGUUACUACUACUUAUCGGAGUGGCGAUAACAAUCCCCGUUGAUAAUGAGUUGCAGUCGAACUUAACUGUAGAGGAGAUACGUGUAGAGGAGAAAAAUUCGAAUAGCACAAAUGGAAUUGAUAAUGAUAAAGGAUUCUGGGAAUGGUUGUUUGGUUCGAUAACACCACAUCCACCAACGAUUAUAGAAUCACAGCAACCAGAAAAAUGUCUAAAAUGCACUUGCGGUGUGACAAACAAAUAUAAUCGUAUUGUCGGAGGCGUCGAGACGCUUAUCAAUCAAUAUCCUUGGAUGGUUCUAUUGAUGUAUAGAGGACAAUUUUAUUGUGGGGGUACAGUCAUAAAUUCGCGAUAUGUAUUAACGGCCGCUCAUUGCAUUUACGGAUUUGAUCCGUCUAAAUUGACUGUCCGAAUAUUGGAACAUGAUUGGAAAACGAGCAAUGAGAGCAAAACGCAGGAUUUUCAAGUGGAAAAAAUAAUUAGGCACAGUGCUUACUCGACCACCAAUUACAAUAAUGAUAUUGCACUUCUUAAACUAGACAGUGCUAUUAAAUUCCAAGGUUCAAUGCGACCUGCUUGUCUCCCAGAACAAGUGAAAACCUUCGCUGGUAAAAAUGGUAUAGUGACCGGAUGGGGUGCCAUCAAGGAAGGUGGCGCGAUAUCGCACAUUUUAUUGGAGGUUACUGUUCCUAUUCUUACAAACGCGGAAUGCCGCACAAAAUAUCCACCGCACAGGAUAACAGAUAAUAUGAUGUGUGCGGGUUUCAAGGAGGGCGGCAAGGAUUCCUGUCAAGGUGAUAGCGGUGGUCCGAUGCACAUAGAAGAGAAUGGUAUUCAUCAGAUAGUUGGAGUAGUAUCCUGGGGUGAAGGAUGCGCGCGACCCGGAUAUCCCGGCGUUUACGCCAGAGUAAAUAGAUAUCUCACAUGGAUUGCACACAACACGGAAGAUGGUUGCUAUUGUUGAUAUGCAAGUUCAAUAUAGACUGACGUAUUUAUUUUAGUCAAUUCACAUUUAUUCAUAUAAUGAGACAGAAAUUACGCAAGUUACAGAAACAAUCAAUGAAGCGCACACACCAUGAAGCAUACAAUUAACAACAAUUAACAAUUAUUAUUGGCAUUGCAUCAAGAUUUCAUUGUAUCGUGACACGAUAAUUAUUUAACACAUAUUUAUUUACUUUCAAUAUAUACGUAAAUGUACAUAUUGUAAUAAUCGUUUCACGAUAGCGUACUUAUAUGACAAAUACGACUUAUUGUUAGUACGAUCUAUGCGUCUGUUCCAUAUUCGGAUAAAUUUUCUAUUUAUUAUGUGACAAAUUAUUCAAUCAAUUUAAUGGAUAAAUGUUUAUAUACAAUAUAAUAAUAAAUAAGAUAUUAGAGCAAUAUAUGAAUAAUAUAAGAAAUGAAAAAAGUGUCAUUUUUUUUAUUAAAGCGGAUGUUAAUGCUUAGUAAUAUUUUCAUAUCAAUUAUUAAAUACAUUUUUCAGUUCUAUAAACUGAGUGCCGAUAUGAUUGUAAGACUUAUAAUAUCUAAAAUUAAUUUGAUUAUCUGAUUUAAUAGUGAUGCUACAAAUAUCUUCAGAAACUCUACUUAUUGCGAUAAAUAAUUAGUGUAAAUGUCCAUGUCUAUAUAUCUAUUAUAUGCUGUGAAUAGACAUAAAAAUUUAUUCAUUAAAUAAUUUACAUAGUUUAUCCAAAAGUGGAACAAUCAGCUACAGAGUUGUAUGUACAAUUAAAAAUUAAGGCACGUACAUUGCUCUUCACUUUCGUCAAUAUUCACAAUUUAGAAUGUGUACAUAAGAAAAGAAAGUGACAAGACUUUCUCUGUUUUUCGUAUUCAGACGACUUGGAAUUUCAGUGAAAACUCUAAUACAUUGUAUCUAUUUGUUGUUAACAUCACUUACAGAAUAGAUAAUUAUGUAAAAUGUACAUUAUGUAUCUUUUAAUCUUUUGU